AGAUUCAGUUCUUCCUAGGAUCUCGUUGCGUUGCGUUCGCUUUUCUUUUGGACAGCGGAUACUGCCCCCGUCUGUACCGUUUGUUCGACUGGUUCGAUCGGUUUGACACUUGGCGAGGAUCAUCGAGCACAUCGAUCGAUCAGCACCACCACCACCCACCAGAGAGCACCCCAUAACACACACCACACACACACACACACACACACAAACAUCGAAGCAAACACUUGACUUGUGAUGAAAUUUGAAAUCUCGAGUCGAACGAGAGGAACAGUGAAACGCGUGUCGCUCUAUGUGAAUACGGUUACGGAUAUCUACGAUAUCUACGUGUGUGUUUGUGGGUCUGUAAUACAUUAUUGAUUUGGCAUCGACAUCUGAAUCAUCAGCCACCUAUACCCCGCCGAGAGGAAAACAAAGAGAGAGGGCGACAAGAAGCGGAAUCUGCUGCCCAGAGAUAUUUUCAAAAAACUGCGUGUGGGACAUAAUUUCAUCAUCAUGACAAAGGACCAGCAGGCCACUCCCAUACCCGAGGAGCUGUACAAUCUCACACAGCUGGCGGAGGUCACACUGGCAGCGGGUCCAUUGAUCACCGACGCAGAGGUUAAGCCCCACUUCUAUGCCUGUUCGUCGGACGACGACUCCAAUUACUACAGCCACAAGGUGUUCGAUCGCAGGAAACUGCGGCGCUGCACCAUCUCCGACUCGAACUCCUGCACGAGCAGCAGCAGCAGCAGCCACCAGUCAGGGGAGCCACAGGAGCAGGAGCAGCAUGAUCAUCAGGAGCAGGCCGCGGAGGACGAGCACAUCUGUCCGGAGUGCGGCAAAAAGUAUUCCACAUCCUCGAAUCUGGCACGCCAUAGACAAACCCACAGGUCAAUUAUGGACAAGAAGGCACGCCAUUGCCCCUACUGCGAGAAGGUGUACGUGUCGAUGCCCGCCUACUCGAUGCAUGUGCGCACCCACAACCAGGGCUGCGAGUGCCUGACCUGCGGCAAACGCUUCUCCCGCCCCUGGCUGCUGCAAGGCCACAUCCGCACCCACACCGGCGAGAAGCCCUUCAAGUGCAGCGUCUGCAGCAAGGCCUUUGCGGACAAGUCCAAUCUGCGCGCCCACAUCCAGACGCACUCGAACACCAAGCCGCACUCGUGUUCCCGCUGCGGCAAGGCCUUCGCCCUGAAGUCGUAUCUGUACAAGCACGAAGAGUCCUCCUGCAUGAAGAACCGCAGCGGCAGCAGCAGCGGCGGCGGCACAGGGCGACCCCCUGCAUCGCCCAAACGGCAGCAGGAGGGCAGCUCCAGCUGCGGUUCCAGUUCGGGUUCGGUUUCAGGCUCCCCCUCGACGGUGACGGUGACGACGACGAUAUCUGCCCCUCCGGUGGACUCCGCAAAGUCCACGCUGGCCAACAAGCUGCUGCAGAAGGAGAAGGAGCGACGGCAGGCGGCACUGGCAUAUCAGAGCUAUCCGUUGGAGGACUAUGAGCACUUCAAGCGGAUCAAUGUGAUCCAGCCAACGGCUCUGCCACAUCCGAGUGUGCUCUACCAAGAGUUGCACCCGCUGCCCCUGGUCCUGCCUCUGUCGCUGCCCUACCACUACCCGCACGUGCCCAAUCCACCGAACCCGCCCGCAGAGGGUGGUGGAGUGGCCAGCACUGGGGCACAGGAGCAGCCGGUGGACUUUUCGCCAAAGAACAACUUUACGCACUCGGCCAAGACAAGUCCCUUUGAGCUGACGGGCAGCCUGCGAGCGAUGGUGGCAUAGACUCCGGGAAUCACACAAAAUAUAUCCAAGAAAAAGACACCACAGAGAACGAAAGAACUUCAAGAAGAAGCAAGGAUAGCAAAGCAAAGCAAAGCACCCACCCCCAUCCCCAACCCCACCAACGUCCAAGGCCAUUCAUUUUCUUACUGUAGUCAACGAAUAUGUGAUAAAAACAAAACCAAACAAAACAAAACAAAACAAAAAAUGCAAAAGAGCUAACGUACCAUUUAGAGAGUAGAUGAUUCCAAAGAGAGAGCACCAGCUGAUCCACAGAGACAGAUCACUCCAAACAGAGAGCGCAAAGGAGUAGCAGAUGGAAGUUAUAUACACACAAUAUAUACAUAUAUGUAUAUAGAUAGAUGUAUAUAUAUACAUGUAGACAGGGAUCGAUCCGAUGGCCCCGUCUAGGGCCGCGAUCGUUUGAUCUUCACUUAGUUGUAAUGAGACUUCUUUAGAGACUUGCCAAGAACAACGACAAAAAACCAGUAUUUUUUUUUGAUAGCACAUACAAACAAAUACGAUCGAUCACACAUAUAUGUAGAUCCAGAGAUACAAAUACCGUGCACCUGCGAUCAACGCCACACACAGCAAAGCUAAUUUUAUACACACAUUUCUUCGCCACAUAAUCAUAGCUCUAGAAUUUACACAUAAACCACUGAAAAAUUAUAUUAAUCAUUUCGCUAUAAGGCAUUGAGGAUUUGGGCUUCCUGCUUCCCGCACGGAAGUCCAUCCAAAACGAGAGAUAUCUAGUCUUUAUCUUAAAAUUCAGCGCACAUCUUGUGGUCUCCUCCACAUGUGUGCGUCACUUUAUUUUAAGCACUCUUACGGCCGCAUGUGGUGCAAUAAUUGACAUAACUAUAUAAACACCAAUUAGCCCCUGGACACACAUAGCCCCUAGCUAUAUAUACAUAUAUAUUUAUACAUAUAUCGCUUAUUAUUUUGUAGCACACUUUACACAUUACGCGUAGUUAUCAUCGAGGGAAACACGAGAAGCACACUGCAUUUUCAAUACUCAGCCAACGACUCGGACCUACAGCUAAUCGCACCAAAGAUACAUACAUACAUAAUAUACCUACUAUAUAGAACGAACAUGUGCAUAUACUCGUAUAUUAUAUAUUCGUACUUAACAUAUACACCCUAUUCUAUAUCGCAUAUACACGUAUAUCUAGUUCUUAAAAUUGUAUUAUAGAUUUGCACAUUUAUUCGAAUUAAACGAGAGAUCCAACGAUCCCUGAGUAAUGAACACACAAAUGGUUUUUCC